AUGUAUCGUUUUGCUAAAACACUUUCACGAACAGCAGUAACACCACUUAUUCAACAUGUUGUACGUCGUUCAUUGGCAAAAGAAAUUAAAUUUGGUUCCGAUGCACGAGUACUUAUGUUACAAGGUGUCGAUAUUCUUGCUGAUGCUGUUGCUGUUACUAUGGGUCCUAAAGGACGAAAUGUCAUACUUGAACAAAGUUGGGGUGCACCAAAAAUUACAAAAGAUGGUGUUACAGUUGCUAAGGCGAUUGAAUUAAAAGAUAAAUUUCAAAAUAUUGGUGCUAAACUUGUUCAAGAUGUUGCAAAUAAUACGAAUGAAGAAGCUGGUGAUGGUACAACAGCUGCAACAAUUCUUGCACGAGCUAUAGCUAAAGAAGGUUUUGAUAGAAUUUCACGUGGUGCAAAUCCAAUUGAAGUACGUCGUGGUAUUAUGCUUGGUGUAUCAACAGUUGUUAAUGAACUUAAACGUAUGUCAAAAACUGUCACAACACCAGAAGAAAUAGCACAAGUUGCAACAAUAUCAGCUAAUGGUGAUUCAUCUAUUGGUGAUAUUAUAUCAAAUGCAAUGAAAAAAGUUGGCAAAGAUGGUGUUAUUACUGUUAAAGAUGGUAAAACAUUAAUGGAUGAACUUGAAAUAAUUGAAGGAAUGAAAUUUGAUCGUGGUUAUAUAUCACCUUAUUUUAUUAAUACAACAAAAGGUGCAAAAUGUGAAUUUCAAGAUGCUUUUCUUUUAUUAAGUGAAAAAAAAUUAUCAUCUGUACAAGAACUUAUUCCAGCUUUAGAAUUAGCUAAUAGUCAACAGAAACCAUUACUUAUUAUUGCUGAAGAUAUUGAUGGUGAAGCACUUACAACACUUGUUAUUAACAGACUUAAAGUUGGUCUUAAAGUAUGUGCCAUAAAAGCACCUGGUUUUGGUGAUAAUCGUAAAAAUACAUUACAUGAUAUAGCUAUUGCUUGUGGUGGUACUGUAUUUGGUGAUGAAGCUAAAUUAAAUAAACUUGAUGAAAUAACUGCAAAAGAUUUUGGUCGUGUUGGUGAAGUUAUUGUUACAAAAGAUGAUACAUUAAUAAUGCGUGGUAAAGGUGAUCUAUCAGCUAUAGAACAACGUGUAAAUGCACUUAAAGAUGAAGUGUCUGAAACAAAUUCUGAAUAUGAAAAAGAAAAAUUACAAGAACGUUUAGCAAAAUUAUCCAAUGGUAUUGCUGUAUUAAAAGUUGGUGGUGGUAGUGAAGUUGAAGUUAAUGAAAAAAAAGAUCGUAUUACGGAUGCAUUAAAUGCAACACGUGCAGCUAUUGAAGAAGGUAUUGUACCUGGUGGUGGUGUUGCUCUUUUAAGAUGUCUUAAAGUAUUGGAAGGCAAUAUUGGUACUGUAAAUGAAGAUCAAAAAAUUGGUAUUGAUAUUGUACAAAAAGCUCUUCGUAUGCCAUGCUCAACCAUUGCAAAAAAUUCAGGCAAAGAUGGUAGUAUAAUUGUUGAAAAAGUACUUGGAUCUCCAUUUGAAAUUGGUUAUGAUGCACAACGUGAUGAAUUUGUUGAUAUGGUUAAAGCUGGUAUUAUUGAUCCAACUAAAGUUAUUCGAUCAGCAUUACAAGAUGCUAGUGGUGUUGCUUCAUUAUUAAUAACAGCAGAAGCUGUUGUUGUUGAAUUACCGAAACCGGAAAAAGAUGCUGUUCCAUCUAUGGGAGGCAUGGGUGGUGGCAUGGGCGGAAUGGGUGGAAUGGGUUUUUAA